UAUUAUAUGUGUUAUGUUUAAUAAGUAUGAUUUUUGACGAUUUUUGUCUGAAACUAUAUUUCUGGCCAUUUUUAUCAUAUCUCGCAACUUUAAAAGGAUUUUGUCCAUUAUAUCCUCCUGGAUAUUUUCCAAUUAUUACAUUACCACCGGGAACUAUUUUAACACCAUCAACUAUACCGACAUUUCAACCAACGCCGCCAACGUUACCACCAACAUUUACACCACCUACGUUACCUCCGACGAUUACACCAACUCUUACUCCGCCAACAUUGCCACCAACACUGCCACCAACUACAUUACCACCAUGUCCACUUAUGCCAUUGGUUUGUUUAGCAGGUGGACAAAGACCGAUUCCAUAUUGUCCAUGUAUAGAUCCUAGACAAAAUGGCAUGUUAAUGGCACAAGCAUCACAGGUUGUAGCUGCGGACAUGAUGAUAUUUACUUCCUUGGAUGGUAACACCGGUCGUCGUAAGCGUCGAAAACGUAGAAUUUUGCAAACAUCCCAAAAUUGUGUUGAUUCUCGUAAACGUGCUGGAAGAUGCAUAACUCUAUCGGGAUGUCCUAAUUUAAUCGAAGAAUUUUAUGAUGAAGCACGCACAAUGCCAUAUGGUAUGGAUUUUCAAACAUUUGUGAGUGAAUUGAUUUGUGGUUUUGAUGGUGUGAACUUCUUGAUUUGUUGCGUUAAUAGGCGUCCUUCUAGAAGUCAAAUAACUGUUAGACCAUUUACAAUCGCAACUACCUAUAGACCACCCACUAAUAAUCAAGCAGCGAAUGGCAUGUUUCAAUUUGCAUCACUUGGUGUUUUGAAUGGAGGAUCUAGUACAAAUAAUUCUCCACCACCAGUGGUACAAUAUCCAAAUAGCCCCAAUACUCAACUAACAGUUGCACCACCAGUUGUAUUUCAGCCAACGAUGUCAUAUCCACAAACAAUUCCAGCAACAAAUCCUUCUAUCUUUCAACCAGUGCCAAAUACACCUACUAACAGACCAAACAUACAAUUACCGAAUCAAUCAACAACACCAAUUACAGGCUGUGGUAUUAGUCGUGGUACUACUAACCGUGUAGUUGGUGGAGUUGAAGCUAGACGAGGUACUUAUCCUUGGGUAGCAGCUUUGGGUUAUCGAGAUGAAUUUGAUCCGAACGCUUUAAAGUUUCUUUGUGGGGGCAGUUUGAUAUCCAGUACUUACGUUAUAACUUCUGCACAUUGCAUCAAUCCAACUUUAGCACUUGUACGUUUGGGUGCGCAUGAUCUUACAAAUCCAGCUGAAGCGAAUGCAAUGGACUUUCGAGUAAAACGUACAAUCGUUAAUGAAAAUUUUGAUUUAAAAUCUAUAGCGAAUGAUAUUGCGUUGAUUGAACUUAGUACUCCAGCACCAAAUACAAAUUUUAUUGGCCCUAUUUGUUUGCCAGAGAGCAGUAAUUUCCUCACGCAAGAUUUUGUAGGAAUGAAUCCUUUUAUUGCUGGUUGGGGUUCAAUCAAAUAUCAAGGCGCCACGUCAAAUGUCUUGCGCGAUGCACAAGUACCAAUUGUAAAUAGACAAAUUUGUGAACAAUCCUAUAAAACUGUUUUCAAUUUCAUCAAUUUUAGCGAUAGGUUAAUUUGUGCUGGCAAUUCAAAUGUUGAUGCUUGCCAGGGUGAUUCUGGUGGCCCUCUUAUGAUGCCACAGAUGGACACCAUAGGUGUUUAUAAAUAUUAUUUACUUGGUAUAGUUUCUUAUGGCUAUGAAUGUGCUAGGCCUGGCUUUCCUGGUGUUUACACUCGAGUUGCUUCUUAUAUUCCUUGGAUAAAGAGUCGUACGAAUUAAUUUUAUAGUUUUUGCGUUUAAUUAAUUAUUAUACAAUUAAAAUGCGUUUCUGUGUUCGCUAACAAGUUUAU